AGAGAACCGAGGUAGGUAGCCUACUUACAGGCUAACAGGAAGAUAUCAGAAAAAUACCAAAGCUAUAGUUUCUGCUAGCAAAGGAUGUGGUCACAGACAAGCCUCUAAAAACAGAAGUACUACAGUCUGUCUGGGAGUAUUUAAGACAACGUAUCUCCCUAGUAAGCACAGGUAAGCACAAACACUUCAUAUUUAACUAAACAAAAAAUGAUUUACAGUACUGGAGAUCACGUCAAAACCUCUUUUGAGGUAAGACACAUUAAUGAUUUUGUGUUUGAGCAAAAACUUUCUUUCCUCAAUUUACAGUUUCUGAGUUUUAAUUAGGCUACAGUCAUUUAUGUAAAUUUUUAAGGGGUUUUCAGUAUAUUCUUAGCAAUGCACACGUGGGACAAAACUAAUUCUUACCAAUUUCAUUCCUGUGACUGUAACAACCAUAUGAUCCUGUAAAAAAAGACAUUGUUUCGUGACAGAUCUAGCCCACACACUCGAUGAAAAGGGGAAGACCACGAUUUGCUGACAUGUGCUUCAGACAAAGUUACAAAAAACCUGGUUUAGCAUUUCAGACCUCUCAGAACAAUUGUGACCAGAGUUAACAAACUCUCUGUGGACCUUUUUGCAACAAAAGAAGGCUACUACAGUCGUACUGGGUCUUGCAAAGAAAUUUAACGGUCAUAUUUUUGCUAAACAAAGAUUUACUUCAUGUGCGCAGUUUGUGAAGAAAUAGCCGUUUCACUCCAGGAGAAAUGAAAUUUUGAAAUCAUCAGAAAAGUUUCACUAUGAGUGCCAACUGCACAUUCAUUGUCGUGGAUAAUGUGACGAUGGUCCUGGACUUUGUGAUUUACGUGCCCGUCUUGGUGUUCGGACUGGUACUAAACAUCACAGCCUUGCUUGUGUUCUGUGCUCUGCUCAGAAAAUGGACGGAGUCCACCAUUUACAUGACCAACCUAGCUCUGAUGGAUCUGCUGCUGCUACUGCCGCUACCUUUCAAAAUGCAUGCAGCAAUGAACAUGUGGGAUGGCAACAAAAAGUUAUUCUGCUCCUUCUUAGAGAGUCUUUACUUUGUGGGUAUGUACGGCAGCAUCUAUACAAUUGCCUGCAUAGCUGUGGACCGGUACAUCGCCAUAAAACACCCAUUUCGGGCCAAGCAGUUGCGUUCGAAAAAAGUCGCCCUGAUUGUCUGCGUUUUCAUCUGGGUGUUUGUCAUGGUGGCAACUUCACCCAUCUACACCUUCCGUGAUUUUAGCAAAGUUGAUUUCCGCUGUUUCCACGGUUUCUCUAAGAAGGGUUGGACCGCUGGAGUUAUUGUUUGCUUGGAGAUUUUUGGUUUCUUGUUGCCUGCAACUGUACUGGUGGUAUGUUCUUCUCAGAGCAUCCGCACACUCAAGGCCACGGAGAGCAAAAACUCUAAAAGACAAGCAGGGGUUAGAAUCAUUUACAGCAGCCUAGCGGCCUUCCUGAUACCCUUUACUCCUUGUCACGCGGCCAUAUUCCUGCAAUACCUCGUCCGUAAUGACUUCAUUUCGGACUGCAGCCAUCAAAAGAAUAUUGCCUUUUUUAUACAGGUGUCAAUGAGUCUUGCAAACGUGACCAUCUGCUUGGAUGCGCUUUGCUACUAUUUUAUUGCCAAGGAAGUCCGAUCCACCACAGACACUGUUCUGAGCAGAGUGAGAUCCAUAAGCACCUCGGAAGUUUGACGAGUGAGGUUACCGAGACUUUCACAAUGCGUGUUGACGGUAAAUGGGACAACUGGAAAACUUUAUGGACUUACAUGACAACUAUAUGAAUGACAACAAAGGUUAUUUAGUCAGAACUGACCGUCAUUUUGAUGAAUUAUAUAGUUUCACAUGGCAUACUGCCAACAUGUGAGAUAUUUUUAGGUUUUGCAACUACCCAAGGCUUUCCAUGCGUUGCAUGUCAGGAACAUGCAUAUCAUUACUUUCGGACGGAAACCUCAUAUUUCCAAAAUCACAACUUUUUAGAAAAUGUAAAAAUACUGUAUUUUUUUAACAAUGAAACACGGUGUAAAAAUUGUACAAGCUCAUUUAACAAACAUGAAGGGUGACCAACAGCAGGCUUAUGAUUUAUAAAAAAUAACGAGCCUGAUAGUUUAUUUUUUCUCCCUUUAUUUUUACAUUUCUAUGUGUAUUAUAAAAUUACAAGAGAAUUUCACUAUGCUUUUAUUUUGCAGCACUGUAGGAAAGAGGUUAAAAGUAUAGGCUUUAUACUGAACAUCACAUGCAGAAACAAGAAAACAAAGCUUGCUGUUUUAAUCAAAAUGUCUUUAAAUGAGAUACCAAAUAUAAGCAUAGCAGAUCGCAUAUUGAUAUGUAAUUAUUUCCUUCUCAAUAUUCAAAAAUUAAUAAAACCACCAGCCAGUCGAUUGACUUUUUCUCAGACAAGCGGAUGUAAUUACACAGGUUUCCAGUCUGGUUGUGUGAUGUUCGACAUAUACCCUAAUAAGGGGACGCCCAGCAGACUGAGCCCGACAGCGCCAGCGUGCAAAAUGAUUGACAGGAGGGUUUCUGAUUGGCUAAAACAGCACAAACCAUUUAGGCCUAUAUCUUUUUAUUUUGGCUUUCACAUUCACAAAGACAGGUCUAAUUUACCAGGACUCUUAUUUCAGUCUGUUUAUUGGAAGAAACUUUUUAUUCAAAAUAAAAAUAAUAAUUAAAAAAUUCUAUUGACACAAUGACUUAAGAUUUCAUCAGAAUUAUUCGUUCACAUCAGAGAAUUUAUAUUUGUCUUUGUCACAAUUCACACUGUCAACACGAGAAACCUGAGGUGCCCUCACUCACACGCGAUGAUGGUCUGACAAACCAAACACGAAACCUUCACAAUGACUCAUAGACAUUGAUGCAACAUUGAAUUUUUUGCCACUUCCCUUAUUUAAAUAUAAAUUAUACUGAUGAAUCUUGAUCUUCACUCUGCAUUCUAAAUUGAUUUAACAAAAGUUUAGAAUAAAGAGGAAAAAUAAAUUUUCUGUUUACAUGGAAGUCUGAAAUGUAAAUCGGAUUCGCCUGUGUGUGCAUGUGUGUGGGGGGAUGGUGUGGCACUGAUUUCCACACGUUGUGAGCACUCUGUGGGUACACUGCCAUGUGCCACUGGUUUCACUUAGUCAAAUGACGAGUUUCUUUACCUUUAUAUGAUUCACUUUUGUUCUGUUUGUGUGAUAAAGUAUGUCUGACGAAAAAAUACUUGCAUGUCUAUAUGGCCACAAUGUCACAUUUGUACUGAUACACGAAUACCUACGUUAUACCAAGGGCUGUAUGAGAGGUAUGGUCACUGCAAAUUU